CCGUCCAAAUUCUGACCACUGAAAUCCAUCAAUCCAGAGGGCGACUUCGGAACAACCAAGCUGCACAAGCAACACGACUGCUGUAAAUUUUCUGCUCAAGUGCAUCGACUCACAAGCUCCUUCCUCGGGUCGUGAUCACCCAAUAUGGCGUGCUCAAGUGGCUUCCUUACCCCACAUUGAAGAUCGCCGACCUUGGAAAAUUAUUAGAGGUAGGAAAGACACUUUUAAGUCAAGUCAGCUUCUCUUUGUUCAUUAAUCAAUUUCUCUCUUCUCUCCUUCAAUUACUGAACAUAUCCACAAUGGCUCCUGUCGAAUCCGAACACUUCGAGACUCUGCAGUUGCAUGCAGGACAGGAACCCGAUCCAGCAACAAAUGCGAGAGCUGUUCCUAUCUAUGCUACGACGAGUUACACUUUCAAUGACUCUGCUCAUGGCGCCAGGUUGUUCGGACUGAAGGAGUUUGGAAAUAUCUACAGCCGGAUUAUGAACCCAACCGUCGACGUCUUUGAAAAACGAAUCGCAGCUCUCGAAGGUGGUGUUGCCGCUGUUGCAGCCAGUUCUGGCCAAGCAGCUCAAUUUAUGGCCAUUGCAGCAGUCGCACACGCAGGAGACAAUAUCGUAUCCACGACCAACCUAUACGGAGGAACAUACAACCAAUUGAAGGUCUUUCUUCCAAGAUUGGGCAUCCAUACCAAAUUCGUGAACGGAGACAAGGCCGAGGACUUUGCAAAGGCAAUUGACGAGAAUACAAAAGCAGUCUAUAUCGAGAGCAUUGGAAACCCCAAAUACAACAUCCCAGACUUCGAGGCUAUUGCAAAAUUAGCUCACGAACAUGGCGUACCGGUCAUCGUCGACAAUACAUUUGGUGCAGGAGGAUAUUUCGUACAGCCCAUCAAGUAUGGUGCAGACAUUGUCGUCCAUUCAGCCACCAAAUGGAUUGGUGGUCAUGGUACCACGAUCGGAGGCAUAGUUGUUGAUUCUGGAAAAUUCAAUUGGGGAGCCAACGCCAAGCGUUUCCCUGAAAUGGUUGAGCCAUCACCAGGAUACCACGGCCUGAAGUUCUGGGAGACUUUCGGUCCCAUUACUUUCGCCAUCCGAGUCCGUGUUGAGAUCCUACGUGAUUUGGGAAGUGCACUUAAUCCAUUUGCUGCUUUCCAGCUUAUUCAAGGCAUUGAGACCUUGAGUCUGCGUGCUGAGCGUCAUGCAUUCAAUUCUCUAGCUUUGGCGAGGUGGUUAGAGAGUAGCCCACACGUUUCUUGGGUUUCAUAUCCUGGUCUAGAAAGCCAUCCUUCUCAUGAACUCGCCAAGAGAUACCUGAAGAGAGGAUUUGGAGGUGUUUUGAGCUUUGGUGUGAAGGGUGGCGGAGCAGCUGGAUCUCAAGUUGUUGAUGGGUUCAAGCUUAUCUCUAAUUUGGCUAAUGUUGGUGACUCGAAGACUUUGGCUAUCCAUCCUUGGUCGACUACACAUGAACAGCUGUCUGAGGAAGAGAGGUUGGCUUCUGGUGUUACUGAGGAUCUCAUCCGUAUCUCAGUUGGUACAGAACACAUCGACGACAUCAUUGCCGAUUUCCAACAAUCAUUCGAGGCGUCAGCAGCAGCUAAGACUACCGGAGGAGCCGAGGAAAAUGCAGAGAAGACGGGAAACGUAGAGGCGGAUGCUAAGAUGGUUGUUUAGAGUGGGAAGAGGAUUUGCUUUUGCGUUGCUUUUUCCAUGGGGUUCAUAUACCUUUGCUGCGAUCUUUUAGCAUAAGCGAUUUCCUGGAUGAGGAGUGGGAAGUGAGAAAAAAGCAUGUGGAUUUUGAGAUAUGAAUGCACGAUCUCACCUCCUGUUCCCCAGAUGCCAGAUCUUAUUGAGAAGGUUAACCACGUGAAUGUGUACAUGUCAUGCUACGGGAAAGCCACACGAGUGUGAACCUCGGGUUUAGUCACUCUAACACUCAUCAUUGCUGCCAUGUCUCCAUACUUUCAGAAGACUUGAUGAUGUUGCUAAGUCGUAGC